UUGUGAACAAGAGAGAGAAGAGGCGUUCUCUAACAGAAAGAGGUAGAGGAGAGGAGAGCUAAAUAGUUGUUUUCUAUCUCCGUGUGGCUCACACAGAGAGUCGUCUCACCAAAAGAGAGGGAAUACUUUAUUUAUUUUUAUUCUGUUCAUGUUAUCACCACUGAUCAUACAGAAUAAAAACCUUGUUAAACUGGUUAAACAGUGAAACAGAUUUAAUCUCAGACUGAUUCUUCUUGUGGGACUAGUUUUAUUAGGAUCCUACUAGUUUUCAUAAUACCAGUCUGUCUCUGAGAUGGGGUCCAGAACUCUUCUACUUGUUCUGGGUCUUGAUUUCAUUCUGCUGGUGAACCUAGUGGUCAAAGGUUGUGACCCUGGCUUCAUAGCCAAAGGGAGUCAACAAUGUGUUGAUAUAGAUGAGUGUAAAGAGUGGGACAGUAACCCACCCUGUGGAAGUAAUGCCGCGUGUUACAACAUACAGGGGAGCUUCUACUGUCACUGUCUACCUGGGUUCAUAUCAACAACGACUUUCAAGUUUACUGCUCUCACUGGGGAGUGUAAGGACUUCGAUGAGUGCCUGGAGAUAACACAUGUUUGUGGCAACAACACCAUUUGCCUCAACACCAUCGGGAGCUACAACUGCCAGUGUCUGCCUGGGUUCAGAGUCUCUACUUACACUGGACGCUGUACAGAUGAGGAUGAGUGUGUGUGGGUUCCCCCGGUGUGCGGCGCUCUGGGCAUGUGCACAAACACACCUGGCCGAUACACCUGCACCUGUCCGUCAGGGCUCAGUAACCACGGCAACAACACUGCCCCCUGUACAGGUGAGUUGGCCAAGGCCACGCUAGCUCUGACCUCUUACCCAUGAACUCUAACCUCUGACCUUCGACCCCGUGACCCUCACCCUUUGAAGACACCUGUCAGAUCUCACAACGCCUGGAAAACAUGUAUAACACAUCAGUUAACAGCAAUUUGAUGUCUGGAUGGAUGUUUAACCCAUCAGUAACCCGUCACAGGAUAUAGCAGCAAUUUGA